AUGAAGAAGCAUAAAUUCCGCGGUGUCAGCCCAACAUUUGACGACAUCACCGUUGAGCUUAUCGUUGCAUGUAAAAUGAUCGAAAACUUCCUCGACAAAUCGCUGCCAGAGAGUCCACCAAUCCCACAUCUCGUUGGGAUCAGCACGUGGGCCAUGAGAAGCCGUCAAACAGUAUGGAUUGCUGGAGGACGUGCAGCGGGACCUUAUCUGGAUUCGUCUUCACUGAAUCUACGAAAGCGCGAUCUGAAAGCGGUCGGCAAUCAUUCAUAG